UUUUGUUUUUAUUUUAUUUUACGUUUUAUUUGGUUUGUCGUUGUUUUGAGGUACGCGAGCAUGGACGCGAGCGUGUGAGCGUGUGCGUCGUCUCGGUGCGUCUCUUGGUUUGUGACACCGACAGCGUUGCAGCUCGGCAAUCCGUCGUGUCCCGCAUGUUUCCAGUGCCAAACAAGCGACGAUGUCCCGGAUUCCCAAGCCAGGCACCCGCGCGGAGCGCCGUUCUAGCCCGCAAGCAUGCUUCCACCUCCAGAAAAAAGAGUCGUCGUUGAGCAUGGAUCUCGUCAAGCUCGCACGCAAGAGCGGUCAACUCAACCUCACUGGACGAGGAAUGAUAGAAGUGCCAGAGAUAGUGUGGAACAUCAACAACCUGACCGAGGAAGAGCGCCAGGGUCUUUCCGUGUCGCUGGACCACUGCGACGGCGACCGAUGGUGGGACCAGGCAGACCUCACCAAGCUCUACCUGUCCUCCAACCAGUUGACCGUGCUCUCCCCAGACAUAGAGAGACUCCAGGCACUCAACAUCCUAGAGAUCAACGACAACCAGCUUUGCGGGCUUCCUGAGACAAUGGGAAAACUCGGGCAGCUUUCCAAACUAAACAUAAGUCGCAACAAGAUAGAGUCUCUUCCCGAGUCCUUCUUUGAGCUGAAGGAACUUCGGCAGCUCAUUGGACACCACAACUCCAUCUCGGAACUGAGUGACGACAUCAGCAAUCUCAGCCUGAUGGAGAUGAUGGACCUGAGUCACAAUCGGCUCUUGUCGCUCCCGGCCACGAUUGGGUUUCUCUCUCGGCUAACCAACCUAAACCUGUCGCACAACAAUCUCACCGAGCUUCCGCCCGAGAUGGGCAGCAUGAACGCGCUGCAGGUGCUGGACGUGUCGGUGAACAAGCUGCGGUCGCUGCCAGAGCCCGUUGGCUCCCUGUGCCACUUGGAGCAGCUGUUUGUGCAGCAGAACGAACUGUCCGCGCUGCCACCUUUCUCCGGCUGCGGCAAGCUCAAGGAGCUCCAUGCGGGCAGCAACGGCAUCCGGGAGCUCCCGAUCGAGGUGAUUGAGACGCUGCUCUCGCUGAGGACGCUGGACCUGAAGAACAACCGGCUCAAGACGCUGUCCCCGGACAUCACCAUGAUCCAGGGGCUGGAGCGGCUGGACCUGUCCAACAACGACCUGGCCUCGCUCCCCUACGAGCUGGGGGCCCUUGUGCACCUCAAGGGGCUCGGCGUGGAAGGGAAUCCCCUCAGGACCAUCCGCAGAGACAUCGUGAAGAGAGGUACGGUGCACCUCCUCAAGUGGCUUCAGGACCACUUGGAACACUCUCCCGAAGCGGCGGCACGCAAGAGGCUGUCGGGCGGCAGCGUCACGAGCGACGGGAGCGAUCUCAUAGACUCCAUCGAAAGAUUUGCGCUCAAGACGACCCACGCACUCGACCUGAGCAAACGAUCUCUGCAAGAUGUCCCCGAGGAGAUUUUCAAGAUGGCGUCGGAGUGCGACGUCAACCAUAUAGACCUGAGCAAGAAUUCCCUGACAUCUCUUCCAAAAGGGUUUGAAUUUGCUUGCCCAACCUUAACGGAGCUGACAGCCGGAUUCAAUCGUCUGACGUGUCUCCCUGGCUGCCUGUCCCUUGCCUCUCGGCUGACGUUCCUCGAUCUGAGGAAUAAUCAGCUGUCGGACCUUCCGAUGGAAAUGAGCGUUCUCUCUAACAUGAGGGAGCUCAACAUUUCAUUCAACAGGUUCAGCCAUCUUCCGGAGGUUGUGGCCAGCUGGGGCAUGCUGGAGAUCCUGUUUGCGUCGGACAACAAGAUCGAGCUGGUGGACACGACGCAGCUGCAGAAGCUCAAGCAGAUCGCCGUGCUCGACCUCCGGAACAACAGCAUUUCCCACGUGCCGCCCGAACUGGGAAACAUGAAGCAGCUCAGGAAUUUGCAGCUUGAAGGGAAUCCUUUCCGAAAUCCACGGCCGGCGAUACUGUCCAAGGGGACGCCGGCUCUGCUGGAAUUCCUGAGGGACCGAAUCCCGCGCUGAGGGGCGCAUUUUGUCGUUCCCUUCUCGAACCGGCAGUGUUGUUCGGUGAAGGCCACUCGACGCAACUCCUUCCCUUUCGCUUUGGACUUUUCGGUUUCUCCCUCCCGACACGCCUACAUUUGGUUUCGAGGGUCCAGCAUGCAUUUGUUUUAUCCCGGAGUUAGGGCCUCACUGAAUGCUUCACAUGCAGUGAGACUCUAGCUCUUAAUUUAUAUGUGGUAUGGUACGGGUUGUUGUUCUUGUCCUUGUUGACGCAGUUUUGUAUGCAGUAUUAGUCAUCACUACUAGUAGUUUGAGUUGCAGCUAGAAUCUAUGUGCAUAUUUUCUGCUUACGCUUUUUUUUGUUAUGUGUUAGGAGUCAUUUGGUUGAUUUGCCGGGGCACAGUCACGGCCUUGUGUUCAUAUUUUUGUGCGCAUGCAAGUUGCGCAUCUGCUUUUGCAGGAAAAGAAAAGGAGCUUAAUCGCCAAUAUGUCGAGAUCAUUGUCUUUACAGGGCAGGGGUCAGCGACCUCAAUUGUCGGCAGACCGAAUUGCCGCGAUGUGUACAGGCAGCGACAGGAUAGUGACGUCGACGUUCUCUUUUGUCAUUACAAGUAUGGGCAGUAACCAAUGGUUUUUUUUUUUAGAUAUUGCCCCCGCGUUAAGAAAGUUGUCAAAUAUCCAUCUCGGAAAGUUAAAGAAAAAAAUAAAGUAAUUUAGGUACGGAGUGGAAGUCAGUCAUCCUCAAACAGAUAUGUGACCUCAGUUUGUGUCCCCCAUCUGUAAGCUUGUCCACAUCUAAUGUAAUCCUUGACGCUUUAUCGUGCGUUUGGAAGUCGAGCCCCUGAAUGCAUAUAUAACUUGCCCAACUUGAUGCCAAUUGUAAUCGUGGGUCUCUUCAAUCUGUCUCAUCAAGCGAAGGCUACGUACGGCCUUGGGUUACCAACCUCCAUUUUAGAGCAGGUGCAGUGUCACAAGAAUCGUUUCUGCAAGCCUGUGCAUACGUUGAGGGGUGAUAACUGUUGAGAUUGUUACUCUCUGCUUAACUGGUCGGUACUAGCCAUUAACAGUGUGCUGUUUCCCCAUCGAAUCUCGGCGAAUGAUGCUCGCAUUGCCGUGGGUCUUGCCCGACAAGACACUUUUUGUGGGACUACGAGAAGUCUUCAGAAACUGUUGUUAACGAGAGAGUUUUGUUUGCGCUCUCGAGGUAGUACAUAUAAUAUAUUUCGCUCUUUUUUUUUAAUGUUACACGUUACAAAUCUAUUAUGCUGAGCAUGUUCUAGUAUUCGAAGCAUUGAUGAUGUUGAACUGCAUUAUGUCAAAUAACGCACAAGGUGAGAGAAUACGAAAAGCCAGGAACGAAACGUUGUGUUCCGACCUGUGCACAGCAGAGCAGCCGCCAACGGUCAUAACUUGCGUGCCGAGAAAGUGAGGCAGAGGAGGAGACGAAAACCAAAUGCCGGAUGCCGGCGUUCGGCUUUCCAACGCUUUGCGACGGGUACAGUGAAGAAAAAGGCAGCUUGCUUUAGGUCUACCCACUAAUCGUUCCUAAUCGAGAGCGUUCUUACGUCCCCGCACGCUCUCGUCUCUUCCCCUUCCUCAGUUUUUCUGCGUAUUCGUGACCGAGCUGCGACAUUUCACUGCCACCCGACAGGUGACCAUAUGUCGGCAAGUUAGGCCAGUUCGCUGUUUUUUCGUCCACGUUUGAACUUGGCAUGUUGUUUCAGACGUCGAGGUUACCUGCUUAGCAGCAACUUCGUUAAGGGUUGCUCAGGCAUUGCUAAGAUCAUAUAUAUUUCGAACAUUCACUGCUUUCACUAGUGCCACGUACAGUUGCAUGCAGUGUUACUUCUGGUUUAAAUGCAUAAUCAUUCCACGUCCUUUUUUAACUCAAAUAUGUUAUAGGUAGAAUUUCCUGUUUCCUGAGUUUGUUUUUCGGCGAAUUCGGAGGGUGUUUAUCGGAGUUUAUAUUUUGCCGAAAAUUUAGAGUUUCUCGUAGUUUAUUUUUGUUAGAUUCCCAAUUCUCCGAAAUUCCGAGUUUAGUUUUGCAGGGUUUUAUAUUUUUCAAAAAUAAAUCAUAUCCGUGUGAUUGAUUCAAGAGUAUGCGCUGGUAUCAAUUAAUAUUUCUUCAUCCGGAUUUUGCGUUGAUGCCGUAUUCAUUGGCAAUACUAAUUUGUCCCACAGCAAAAGUUGCAAACAAGUGUUGCGUCGAUAAAUGUCAAUACCUUAAAAUCAAUAAACUCCUGGAGGUAGUCGCUGA